AAGAAUAGAACCCGUUACUAAAUCCACCCGACUGUUAACUGGACCAUCCACAUUUCCCUCUCGCUCUCUGCUUCUUGCUGAAGAACACCCAAAUCACAAAAACCUCUCUUGAACCCUGCACUUCACUUGUCUAUCCUUCACUAUGUAUAGAAUCUACCGCUUCACUCUCACCAAGCCCCAUCACCACCUCCGCUUCUUUUCUCAAUCCGCCGCCGCUGUAGUCACCGAAGAACCACCAUUAACUUACUUAAAAGAAUUCCCCAAACCUGGUCCAGCAGAAACAAUAGAGGCAAUCCCACGCGCAACGUCGGGCAAGAGCAUAGCGGUGAAAGAGCGAAAAGCAGGGAGAGUACCGAGCAUUGUGUUCGAGCAAGAAAAUGGACAACACGGUGGUAAUAAAAGAUUGAUUUCAGUCCAAGCUAACCAGAUUAGGAACAUGAUUAAUAAGCUUGGAAGAUCAUUCUUUUUGUCUAAGCUUUUUAAUCUUGAAGUUAGACCCGAGUUCGGGUCUGAUGAGAUUAUUGAGAAAGUUAGGGUUUUGCCAAGAUUGGUUCAUUUGCAUGCUAUUUCUGAUACACCUAUUAAUGUGACUUUUAUAAGAGCACCAUCCGAUGCUUGGUUGAAGGUUGAUGUUCCUCUUGUUUACAGAGGAGAAGAUGUUUCCCCUGGUCUCAGGAAAGGUUCUUAUUUGAAUAUCAUAAAGAGGACCGUCAAGUUCCUUUGCCCUGCAGAUAUCAUUCCUCCAUAUAUUGAUGUGGACCUAAGUGAACUCGAUGUGGGCCAAAAGUUGGUAAUGGGUGACCUCAAGGUUCAUCCAUCUCUAAAGCUCAUUCAGCCAGAAGACCUGCCUGUUGUUAAGAUCAUGGGAGCCAGGGUUUCGGACCAGAGGAAAGCUAAAUAAAUACUUAAACUAGUGAACAUUUCUUGGUGGGUUAAGCCGCCACUCUAAUUUGAGCAUUUACAACAAAACUAGCCCUCUGUUUCUCACCACAUUUACUGUAAUGUAAUACUAGUAGAGGAGAGGUUUAUUCAAUCUUAGGGUGGCAUUGUUUUGUUCUUUUUUUCCUUUUCCUUUUCUUUCUGGAUUCUUUUUGCACUUUUGGGUAGGAGAAUAUGGGAUUUGGGUGGGGGUCAGUAAAAGCCAUUUUGGGAUUCUCAAGUUAAUGAUACAAGGAAUAAUUCCUUAUUUA